AUGGAAAAGUUUGAUGAUACAAUAAAGGAAUUAUUGAGUAAAAAUGCAGACAUUGCAAAAAUAGUAGAUUUAGAGAAACUAUCAUAACAGCCUGGAUUUUAGAUUGAAUAAAGAAAUAGUUCUAUUUAUAUUGGAUAAGUAUAAAAUGGAAUGAAGCAUGGAACAGGUAGUUCAAAUAAUAUUUGAAUAGGUAUUUUAAAACUUUUGGAUUGUUUAAGAAUUUAUGUAGGAGAAUGGUAAAAUGAUAAAAAAAGUGGUUUAGCAUAUGAGAAAUUUUAAAGUGGGGCUGAAUAUUUUGGAAAUUAUGAAAAUAAUAAAUAAAAUGGUUAUGGAGAAUAUGUAUGGGCUAAUGGAGAGAGUUAUAAAGGGAAUUGGUUAGAUGGAAAGAAGUGUGGUUAUGGUGAAUGGUUUGGAUAAAAUACAUCGUAUAAGGGUGAGUGGAAUAAUGGAUUUGUUGAAGGAAAAGGAGUGUAUUAAUCUGAAAAUGGUAUUUUUGAGCUCAUAAGUCAGGGGAUUAAUAUACAGGAGACUUUUUGUAAUCUAUGAAGCAUGGUUUAGGAUAAGAACAAUUUGCUAAUGGAGACAAAUAUGUAGGAAGUUUUAAAAAUGGUAAGCCAGAUGGAUAUGGAGAAUAUUAUUGGAAGAAUGGAAGUUUAUAUUAAGGUGAAGAAUACAAUUUUAUUCUAGGUUUUUUUAUGGAUGGAAUGAGACAUGGACAUGGUGUUUGGUAAUCUAAUAGUUAAGGUAAAAUAGAUAGAUAUGAGGGAGCAUAUUCUAAUGAUAAAAAAUGUGGAUAUGGUGAAUUUUUAUGGUCUAAUGGAACUAUUUAUAAAGGAAAUUAUUUUGAUGAUUAUAGGUAGGGAUAUGGUGAAAUGUACUAAAAUGGAGCUAUCAUUUAUAAAGGUGAAUGGGAUAGAGGUUUAUAAGUUGAAAAAUCAAAUACAAGAUUUUAAUUUUAAUAGAAAAUGAAAACACAAGAAACUACAACUAGAAAAUGGAAAUUCAAUAAUAUUGAUGAAAUUUAAGAAUUAGAGGAAGAAACAGUAACGUCAGGAGCUGAAGCAUAAAAUUAUAAUCAUAACAAUAAUAAUAAUAAUACUAAUAAUAAAAUCAUCUAAAAGAAUCCUUAAUAAUGUCGUAUGAAAACACUCAAUCUUGAAACUAAACCUUAAAUUAAUGAUUUUACUCCUAUGAAAAGAAGUUUAUAGUUGUAAAAAAAGACAACAACAGCUGUUUAAACUAGAAGUAGAACAUAAUCUAUGGGUAAUUGUAAAAUACCUAUUUUAUAAUAAAAAUAAAGAUCAAAUUCGAAUUAGAUUACUAACAACUAAAAAUUUGAGCAGUUAGUUAAAUUUUCCCCUUAUAAAUAAAUAUUUAGAAGUGGAAGAUUUAAAUUAUAGAAAAUAUAACUAAGAAAUCAAAUCUGA